AUGACGUCCACAAACCCAUCACUGACGCCCACGGGCCCCAUCACAACGCCUCUCACAACGCUCCUGGGGAUCCAACACCCCAUUGUCCUGGCAGGAAUGGCACGAACUUCUGGCGCCGCCCUCGCUGCAGCCGUGUCAAACGCCGGUGGUCUAGGCGUGAUUGGUGGCUUCAUGUACACGCCCGACCAGCUGCGGGAAAUUGUACGGGAGAUGAAGACGCUCCUUCGGUCGCCGGACCUCCCCUUUGGCAUCGACCUGGCGCUCCCGCAGGUGGGCGGCAACGCGCGCAAGACCAACCACGACUACACCUCGGGCAAGCUGGACGAGCUCAUUGACAUCACCAUUGACAGCGGAGCCAAGCUCUUCAUCAGCGCCGUGGGGGUCCCGCCCCGCGGCGUCAUUGACCGCCUGCACGCCGCCGGCAUCCUCGUCAUGAACAUGGUCGGCCACCCCAAGCACGCCGUCAAGGCCCUGGACCUCGGCGUCGAUUUCGUCUGCGCCCAGGGCGGCGAGGGCGGCGGGCACACGGGCGACGUGGCCAACUCGGUGCUCAUCCCGGCCGUCGUGGACGUGGCGCGGCGGUACCGCCCCGCGGCGCUCAAGGGCAGCCCGGCCCUCGUCGUGGCCGCGGGCGGCAUCGCCAACGGGCGCGGACUCGCCUCGAGUCUGAUGCAGGGUGCCGCCGGGGUCUGGGUCGGUACGCGCUUCGUCGCCUCGGCCGAGGCCGGAUGCUCCGAGGAGCACAAAAAGGCCGUCGUGGCCUGCGACUUUGACGAGACGGAGCGGACCCUAGUCAUCUCGGGCCGCCCCUUGCGUAUGCGCACCAACGAGUACAUUUCCAAGUGGCACGCACAGCCGUCCCGGGUCAAGGAGCUCUGCGAUCAGGGCAUUGUGCCCAUUGAGUGGGAUUUCGACCAGGGCAACGAGGUCGACCCGCCGCACCUCAUGGGUCAGGUCGCCGGCUCCAUCGCCAAGGUCCAGCCCGCGGGGGAGAUUGUCCGGGAAAUGGUACAAGAGGCCGUCGAGAUGCUCAAGAUUGGACGAGGAUAUCUCUCGCCCGAAGGCAAGAGCAGACUGUAA